AUGGCUAGACAGCCGGGGCCACUGCGAUUUUUGGUGAUUGGCGCCGGACAGAGAGGAACAGCGUAUGGAAAAGCUGUAACUAAUGCGACUGAAGGGAUUAUCUACGCUGUUGCAGAGCCCAACAAUGAGACGCGCCAACGCUUUGGACGAAAGUACGUCUGGGGGGAAAAGCAGCCGGCCAUAGGUCAAGAGUUUGAGGACUGGAAGAGCUGGCUCGACUGGGAGGAAGACAGACGCAGCAGACUGGAAGAUCCAUCUUCAUCGACUGAUAUCGGUGUUGACGGCGUUUUCAUCUGUACCUUGGAUAGCUCACAUCUAGAGAUUGUCCAGGCUAUCGCACACUUGAAUCUGCAUAUAAUGUGCGAGAAACCGCUGGCUCUAUCUCUCACAGACAUUCUUCUAGCGUCCAGUGCUAUUACUGAUGCGUCUCCAACAUCACCUUUGCCGUCUAAGAUAUUUUCGAUUGGCCAUGUGCUUCGAUACAGCCCGCACAACCAGCUACUUCGCAAACUCCUCCUCACAGACAGGGUGAUAGGAGACAUUAUAUCUCUUGAGCAUACUGAGCCUGUGGGAUGGUCUCAUUUUGCGCAUAGUUACGUCCGCGGGAACUGGAGGAGAGAAACAUCAAUCGGAGAUGGCAGCUUAUUGACGAAAUGCUGCCAUGAUAUCGACUUCAUACUGUGGCUGCUCUGCUCGCCUCCCCCAGGGGCAGCAGUGGAUUAUCCCGAGCAUCUACCACGAACAAUCACCUCUACCGGGAUGCUUUCCCAGUUCACAAAGGCGAACAAGCCCGUUGCUGCUGGAGAUAGCACGAACUGUCUUUCCUGCCCCAUUGAACGAGACUGCAUAUACAGUUCUGUCAAGAUAUACAAUGACCUAUGUCUAGCGAAGGGCAGCACAGGCUUUCCAGCGCACAACGUCUACCCAGAAAUUGAAGACAUAUUAUCCAAACAUGGCAUGGAAACGGCGAAGAAAAACCUUCUCGACAUCCUAGCGCAAGACUACGAUAUCAAGAAAACGCAUGAUGAGGAUAUUGCUUCACGCCCAUGGUACGGCCGAUGCGUGUACGAGUCUGAUAACAGCGUAUGCGACGACCAAUUCGUCACCAUAUCCUGGGGAAGCGACCCGAUACCACACGGCCGUGAUAUUGGAUCAGACUCAAACACGCAAUCACCACUUGGCGGCAGGGGUCCCAAGCUCGCUACGCUGCACAUGGUGGCUCCCACCGAAUCCCAGUGUGUUCGUCGCGGCCGUAUAUCUGGCACCCUGGGUGAAAUAACCUAUGAUGGUGAGACGAUCAGCAUAUUCACUUUCGGAACCGGAGUGACGAAGAAACACUUCGUGGCUCCACCGCCUCCAGAGGAAGCCGAGUCCCACGGGGGUGGGGAUUAUGGACUUACAAGGGCCUUUGUCAUGGCGGUCGAUUCCGUAGAAAACAAGAGGUGGGAUGUCAAGAAGGCUCAGGUUGAGAUUCUGGGAUGUACCUUGGAGGAGGCCAUCCGAAGUCAUGCUGUUGUCUUCGCGGCCGAAGAAGCACGAAGAGGAGAGCGGGUUAUAAAUUGGAAGGACUGGUGGGCGAACAAGACAUCGCAAAUGCUGAAUUAG